GGGGGGUUUGGAAAAAAAAGGGGAGGGGGAGUUGUGCGCAGGCGCGCUGUGCAGUCCGGUCUCGCGCGGCGGGCCGGCGGAGCGCGUGUGCGGGGAGGGGAGUCGGCCAUGUCGGCGGGCGGUGAGGUGGAGCGACUGGCGGCCGAGCUGAGUGGGGCCGGCGACGAGGAGGAGUGGCUCUACGGCGAUGAAAAUGAAGAAGAAAGGCCAGAGGAAGCACCUGCUAGUGUUCCAACCCCAACGGGAAAUGAAGAAGAAGGAGCAGCUGAAAAUGGCGUAGUGAAAAUGAAAGUGACAGAGGCCGAAGAUGACAGUGACAGUGACAGUGAUGAUGAUGAAGAUGAUGUUCAGGUCACUAUUGGUGAUAUUAAAACAGGAGCACCGCAGUAUGGGUAUGGAGCAGCACCAGUGAAUCUCAAUAUUAAAACAGGAGGGCGAAGUUAUGGAUCCUCUGGCACCAAAGUAAAAGGAGUUGAUCUUGAUGCACCAGGAAGCAUUAAUGGUGUUCCGCUAUUAGAAGUUGAUUUGGAUUCUUUUGAAGAUAAACCUUGGAGAAAACCAGGCGCUGAUCUCUCAGAUUAUUUCAAUUAUGGGUUUAAUGAAGAGACUUGGAAAGCCUACUGUGAAAAACAAAAGAGAAUACGAAUGGGACUCGAAAUUUUACCCGUUACCACAGCUACAAAUAAAAUAACGGCCGAAGACAUUGCUAUGGAAGUAACGCCAGGGACAGAGAUUCCAGAUGGCACAUACAGUCUUUUUAAGGUGCAGCAGGGCAGAACUGGAAAUAUGGAGAAAGAAGUAGCACUUCCACCAGUCAAAACUGAGUUUACAUCUCCCCCACCCUUAUUCAAGACAGGAGUCCCAUCAAACAGACUGUUUUUGGAAGAGGUUGAUCUCCAGCCGAGGAUAACUGGACAUUGGGGGCCAAGUUUGAGAAACAGCGCCUCUUCUCAGUCGCAGACAGGCACUGCAGUCAGGAAAACCAGUUCGGGCGCUGUGAAGUGGCAGGCUCGAUAUGGGAGGGCUGAGUCACCCGAACUAAGACGCCUCUCUGGGACAAUAGAUGUGAUUGGACAGACCAUCACAAUCAGCCGAGUAGAGGGAAGGCGGCGUGCCAAUGAGAAUAGCAAUAUUCAGGUUCUUUCUGAACGCUCCAGCAGUGAUGUAGACAACAAUUUUUCCAAGCCGCCUCCGUUUUUUCCUCCAGGAGCUCCACCCACCCAUCUUCCUCCACCUCCAUUCCUUCCACCGCCUCCAUCAGUUAGUACUGCUCCUCCUCUUAUUCCUCCUCCAGGUAUACCAAUAACUGUGCCACCGCCAGGCUUUCCUCCCCCACCUGGAGGACCACCACCUUCCCUUAUACCAACUAUAGAAAGUGGACAUUCCUCUGGUUAUGAUAGCCGCUCUGCUCGUGCAUUUCCAUACGGUGGUGUCACCUUUCCGCACCUUGCAGGUUCUGCCCCAUCAUGGACUAGCCUCAUGGACACAACCAAACAGUGGGAUUAUUAUUCCCGAAGGGAUAAAGACAGAGAGCGUGAAAGAGACCGAGACCGAGAACGGGAUCGGGAUCGUGACCGAGAGCGGGAACGGACCCGAGAAAGGGACCGGGAGCGGGAGCACAGUCCAACUGCAAGCGUGUUCAAUAGUGAUGAAGAGCAGAGAUACAGGUACAGAGAAUAUGCAGAGAGAGGCUACGAACGACAUAGGACAAGUCGAGAGAAAGAAGAGCGGCACCGAGAAAGGAGACACCGCGAGAAAGAAGAGACGAGACACAAAUCGUCACGGAGCAACAGCCGGCGUCGCCAUGAUAGUGAAGAAGGAGAGAGCCACAGGAGGCAUAAACAUAAAAAGUCAAAAAAGAGCAAAGAAGGGAAAGAAAUGGGUGGCGGUGAACCAGUCUCUGAACAAGAAAACACUGAAGCUGCCCCUGCAGAAUAGGCAUGUGAUAUUGUUGCCUACUUGCUUAUAUUAAUGCCAGAAAUAGAUUGCUCUAAAUCUAAUUAUUUUUCUGGGUCUUAAGAUGUUGCUCUUAAUCUUGUUCUGUUAGUAGAAAAGCAUACGUUUAAUUUGGGUUUUUGAAAAUAAAAGAGUGAAUUUUUUCAUGUUAAAAGCAAGACUGUUUUGUCUUCUUUAUGCCAUUGGAACAGUGAAGACGUCACCAAAAAGUUGUGUUUGGUUACUGAAAUUCCUUGCAUUUAAUCCAAGAUUCAUCGAAAUGGAAAAUGCAGAAUUAAUACAGAGGCUUCUCACGUUCAAAUAAAUAUUUCACACAUGGC